CUCUGGGCUCCGUUCAGUCCUGGAGGUCGCUGGCGUCUGAGGGUCCCCAGGGAGAGAACGGGGCGCCAGGACCAUGUGGCUGCUCCCACCUCUGCUCCUGCUCCUCAUCCCAGGCUCAUCAGCUGUCAUCACGGGUCCAGAAGAAGUGAGUGGCCCUGAGGGGAGCUCGCUGACCGUGCAGUGUCGCUAUGACCCAGGGUGGGAGAAGCAUGUGAAGUACUGGUGUCGAGGAGCUGCGUGGAGUGAAUGCGACAUCCUUGUUAGAACCACGGGAUCAGAGUGGGGGGUGAAGGAGGACCGUGUGUUCAUCAGGGACAAUCAGACCACCCACACGAUCACUGUGACCAUGGAGAAGCUGAGGCAGGAGGAUACAGACACUUACUGGUGUGGGAUUGAAAAAAGCGGAUCUGACCAUGGCGUCACAGUUAAAGUGGCUGUUGGCCCAGUGGUGGCGCAGUGCCGCUACGACCAGCGGUGGGAGGCGCACGUGCAGCGGUGGUGUGAGGGCGCCGAGGGGAGCGGCUGCACCGUCCUCGUGCACAGCCCCGGCCCGGAGGCGAAGGGGAAGAGGAGCGCUGUGUACCUCAGGCCGGAGGAGCGCGUGUUCACCGUGGCCGUGCACGACUAACCACCCACCUGAGAGAACACGCAUGCAUGUCUCUGAGUUGCUGCCCUGCGUUCUGCAGCGAGACCACCCUGCCCACACCCAGAGGCUGGCCCUUGAGCUGAAGACUUGAACUAAGGAUUCCUGCCUAACACCCUGCCUUGCUGCUCCCAGGGCACCUUUGAAAAUAACCACUGAGUUGAACCCGAGAAAAGUUAAUGACCUUCACCCCCACCAUUGCAUAAGUAACAGGUGCUUGCUACCCUGCUCUGUCCUUUGCUCCCUGGGACCUGGGACAGAGGACGGCCCUUUGCCUGGUUAAUUGCCAUCUCCCCAUCACCUCAUUCCCAGAUCUGUAAGUAAUAAAUCUUGUGACUCUGCCUCCUC